AUGCGGUGCUCCUGCGACGUCCGGGUUGUCUUUGCCGUAAUUGGUUUCCUUCUCUUCGGCGGGAUCACCACAAUCGCGCAGAAUGACUACCUCACUUACACAACGACAAAUUUCCCGGGAAAGGAGGGAGUAGUCACUGAGUUCGCUUAUCCCUGGUUCGGGAACUUUCUGAUGUUUUUUGCAAUGAGCCUGGUAGGCAUUGGGUGGGCAUACCAAGCGGCAAAGGCGCGGAAGGACAAGCGCCUGUAUGGAGGCGUUCCCGAUCACAAUAACGAGUACUCUACGGAGAAUGCACGUGAUUUAGAUUCUUCUACUGAUGAUGCAUCAGAUGUUCUAGAGAGCUUCCGCCCGUCAAAGCCCGUGCAGCGCCUUUCCUGUCGUCAGCGCUUUAUGCAAAACGCUUGGGGAGUCCUCAUAAUUAGUUCAGUGUUUGAUCUCCUAGCAAGCGGGCUAGGUUCUGUUGGGCUUAGCUCUAUCUGUAACGUACCACCCUCCGUCUAUCAAAUGCUCCAGGGCGCCAUCAUUAUAUUCACUGCCCUCCUUUCGCGCUGCUUCCUCAAACGCAAAACGACUGCUCAACAAAAUCUUGCCAUCUUCAUAUGUAUUUUGGGGCUAGUGAUUAUAGCAGUGGCUUCAUACCUAGCAGACCUUUACUUCCCAGACAUCCAACCGCCAGCUCCGCAGGAUCCGCAGGUCCAGAAUUAUAUGCAUCUUUAUGAUAUACGCGCCAUAGAGUACAAGCGAACACUUGCUAGUGCUGCUCUGCGCUUUGUUAUGAAGCCACACGAGCGUAGGCAGCACGGGAUCCACACAUAUUUAGCUACGGCAGAAUACAGGGAUGGACAGGUACUCACCACCAGUCUGCCCAAGUUCCUGGACUGCGUUCUAGCUGCUGCUCCUCUCACUACCGAGACUGAGAGUGACAAGACUAACAGCACCAUGCUGGUCGUUGGAAUAGUACUAAUCUUAAUCAGCCAACUUAUCUACGCCGGCCAAUUUGUCGUUGAAGAAUAUACCAUGUCAAGAAUAGAUGCCUUUCCAUCCCAAGUCGUGUGCAUAGAAGGCAUAUACGGAUUUAUUAUCAGUAUUGGGCUUGUAUUUCCCGUUCUUAUGGCACUCAAGAUUGAAAAUGACUUCGAUGCCUUUCUAUUCAUUAAAUCAGAGCCUAACAUUUUAGUUCCCAUGAGCAUAUUCUUUAUUACAGUGGCGUUGUACAACGGAUUUGGGCAGACGAUAACCAAAUUGAUAUCAGCGAAUCAUCGGACAAUCCUCGAGGGUUUGCGUGGACUGGUGGUAUGGAUUUUUGCCCUUAUUGAGCGCGGCAUAUUUGGGGCCCCAUGGGGAGAGGGCAUCUACGGCUGGACAAGUGCGAUAGAGGCAGUUGGCUUUGUUGUUCUCCUCGUCGGAUCAAUGGUUUAUUAUUCUAUUAUAAAGUGCAAUUGCUUUAAGGGUUCACGGACGGAAACAACCAACAAGUUUGCUGCCAUAAUGGAGGAGACGUCAGCUGCGCCCUAUGAGGUGUUCUGCUCUGAAACCGUUUCUUCGUCUGCAUGA